UGGAACUGACCUGUAAAGUUUCCUUUAUGGAGUUUCAAAAUGACCUUUCCUAAUUCUCUGAACGAGAGCAAUGAUGAAACAUACGCUUUUGAAGCUCUUAACGUGUCUUUUCCGGAUAAUUUCCCUGCCAAUAACAGCAACACGACCUGCCAGGGUAUCACACUGGACUCUAAAGUCAUCGGAGUGGGAAUUUUUCUCGCCAUUUUUAUCUUAGUGGCGAUUAUUGGCAACAUUUUGGUUAUUCUUUCUGUGUUGUGCAACAGACACUUGCAGACUGUGACAAACUAUUUUAUCGUGAACCUGGCCAUAGCCGAUCUUCUCCUAAGUAUAAUAGUUUUACCGUUCUCUGCGUCCUUAGAGGUACUCGGAUGCUGGGUGUUUGGACGAGUGUUCUGCAACAUCUGGGCAGCGGUGGAUGUACUAUGUUGUACGGCAUCUAUCCUAAGCCUUUGUAUCAUCUCCAUAGACAGAUAUAUUGGGGUAAAAUACUGUCUGAAGUACCCCACUAUUAUGACAGAAAGGAAAGCGGGGGUCAUUUUAGUAGUGGUUUGGGUUUCGUCUAUGGUUAUUUCAAUUGGACCUCUCUUAGGCUGGAAGGAGCCGCCACCUCAGGACGAAAGCAUCUGCAGAAUCACUGAGGAGCCGGGGUACGCUCUCUUCUCCUCCCUGUUCUCUUUCUACCUCCCGCUGAUGGUGAUUCUCGUCAUGUAUUUUCGAGUGUAUAUAGUAGCCCGAAGGACAACCAAGAGUUUGGAGGCAGGCGUAAAACGGGAGAGAAACAAGUCGAUGGAAGUUGUGCUCCGGAUACACUGCAGGAUGCCGGAGGACCCUGCCGCGAGCUCCAAGAAUAAAAAUCAUCCGUUCCGAAGUUCGCUGUCUGUACGCUUAAUGAAGUUUUCUAGGGAGAAAAAAGCUGCUAAAACCCUUGCCAUUGUGGUCGGGAUGUUCAUCCUGUGUUGGCUGCCUUUUUUCUUCAUUUUGCCAUUGGGUUCCUUCUUCCCAGCACUGAAACCUUCAGAGAUGGUCUUCAAGGUGAUCUUCUGGUUGGGCUACUUUAACAGCUGCAUCAAUCCGGUGAUCUACCCUUGCUCCAGCAAGGAGUUCCAGCGCGCCUUUACCAGACUCCUUAAGUGUCAGUGCCAACGGAGACGUCGCGUCCUACGCCGAUUCUACGACCAGCGGUGGAGAACGGCCAUCAGGGGACCAGGGAGGGACCUGCACGGGGACUACCGUCCUGGUUACCCACUUCACGAAUCGUGCGACGGUUCCCUCUUCUCCUACAGGAAGAAUCGUUCCCUCAGCCUGAAGAGUUGGAAUAUCUUUCCGCCUUUUCAGAAAUCUUCUUUCCAACUGAAAGAGAAAAUGAACAACCUGUCAAAUAAAUUUAAGAGCGGGACGGGGAAAACCAACGCGCCCAGUCUGGGUAGGACAGAGAUUGACACCGUUUCCAUGGGAAUCUAUAAUGACUGCUCGGACCAAAGUGGUUACCAGAUAUAUGACCUUACAGAAUGCUACGGUCUAAAGGAGACUGAUAUUUAA